AUUAUAUGAAGUAUUUACCAGGAAUCACUACUGUCAAUAUUCAAGAUGCCAGAGUGAUAUGUAAGAUUGCCCUUCGUACAAUAAAAUGAUUUGGUCUUUACGUUUUUCUCAAAUUUGGAAGGCUUCAUCUGAAAAACAUAUUUUGUCUUUUCAUCGACAAAGAUACUUUUCAAUGAAAGUGGAUAGCAAGCAGUUAGCAAAGCUUCGUAAAAACACUGGAUAUGGCCUGUCAGUUUGUAAGGAAGCAUUAUUAGAAAAUGAUAAUGAUAUAGGAUUAGCUCAGACCUGGCUAGACGAGCAAGCUAUCAAGAAAGGCUGGCAAAAAGCAGAAAAACUUGUAGGAAGAAAAAUUGGCGAAGGAUUGAUUGGAGUAAUGGUCGAAGGAAAUGCAGCAAUGGUUGAGGUAUGCUGUGAAAGUGAUUUUGUUGCAAAAAAUGAGAUUUUUAAGGAUCUUGUGUUCAAGGUAACAGAAACGGCACUUUUUCACUGUAAGAUGAUUUUUGAAAGAGCACUAGAUCUUGGUAAAACAUACACUCAUUCUCGUGAAGUGUUACUCAAUGAAAAGUUUGUGGAAAUGAAACUGCCUCACUCAGAUGAGAGAGUAAAUGAUUUUAUCUUGCAAGUGGUGGGUCGUUUGGGAGAACGCAUAAUGGUGAACCGUGCUAUUACCAUGACAAUUGCAAAAAACUGUAUUAUAGGUUCCUAUUCACAUGGUCCAUUUACUCAUAAUGUUGAUGGUUGCCUCAUGGGAAAAUAUGCUGCUCUUGUUGCCUUGCAGGCAAAUGCAUGUGAUUUUAAUGCAAACACAUUGGGAAAACUAGCUACUUCCUUAAGUCAACAUGUUGUUGGAAUGAACCCAACUUAUAGUUUAAGUAAUCAUUCUUCAGAAACAGAAAAAAAUGAUGAUGGGGAGGUUUUUGAAGAGCAGCAAUAUCUCAUGGAUGAAACAAUAUCUGUUGGGGAAUUACUUCACCAAAACUGUGUUACUGUAAUUGAUUUCUUAAGAAUGGAGUGUGGAGAUCAAAGCAUUUAAUAACUUAAAGUUUCAUGUUUUCUAUUAUAUGAUAAAUCUGAAACGUUGUGUUUGGCAACCCAUCCUGAGCCAAAACGCCAUUAUUAUGGUGACACAUUUUAGACAUUUCAACUUCUUAGAACAGUGACUGUAUAAAAAAAUUCCAAAUAAAUUAAAACAGUUUUCUUUUGCUUUA